CCUUCUUCGCCGUUUUUCUUACUGACAUCAGAUGAAGCGAGUCGACGACAAAUAGACUGCGGACAGAGACGGGCUCCGGCUCCCGGUGUGGGGAGGUGAGGAAGAGGGUUCUUGGGAUGGGCGUGAAGACGACGUUCCCCUUGGAGCGGCAGAAUCUGUGAACACCGGAGACCACCAUGGCUGAAGGUGCAGACAGGGGAGCAGAUCCAGUGACAACAAAAAGAAAGAAGAAGAAGGGUGGCACGUUCACUUGGGUGCAGAAUGUUUUCAAGCGGUUUUUCCCAGGGAAAGGUGAUGAACUUACAAGCUGCUUAAGUUCAGACCAACGUCCCGUUGAGAGCGUUGUCCCUGUGGAGUGUGAUCUGUCUGCAGUGAGAAGGGAACAAAGUCAGUCGGGAGGAAGUCCAGAGAGGGACGGUGAUGAGGUCCCUCAAGCUGACCCACGUGAAGCGAUUCAUUCCCUUCGAGGCUCAUUAAACAAGGAACUGUCAAGCUUCGACCAGGUGACAGAUCCAAAGUCCUCACUGUCUGAGCUCCUGACACAGUGGGACAAUUCCCAACUGUUCCAGCUGGGAAAAUUCUACCAGGAUAGACUGACAGAGGCGAUUGAAGAACGGGUUGAAGGUCUCAGCCAACUGUUGAGAUACGAGGGACAUUUCAGCGGACCUGAACAUGAGAAAGUCACUGAGCUCGUGGGGAAUGGAAACCGGACAGAAGGUUCCAAACUCUUCCUCAGUCUGGUGACGGGAAAAGGCUCCGCAACUCGGAGGGUGAUGUGGGAAUCCUUUGUAAAAAUGAGGAAGGAGUUACCAAAGUUGGGCAGAAUACUGAAAGAAAUCCAGGAUCUCGGUCCUGAUCCACAUCAACACAUGAACAUCGCCCAAGGUUCAUCUGAAUUACCCGCUGAACUGAAAGAUGUUCAACAGAAACACAAGGAGAUCCUGCGGGCACAGACUGAAACCCUGAGAGUGAACACCAUCCUGAUGAGGGAAAAGGUGAAGGUUUUCCAGCUGGUUGAUCGAUACGCUGAGCUCACGGUCAUUUCCACUGUUCGAGGUAGGAGACUUGUGGAACAUGAGCUGCUGGCAAGAGGCCGGGACCACGAAAGGUGGAGAGAGGAACAUCUCAGGGGAGAGCUGGAAAAAAUCCGGACUGAUCAAUUGUUCGGGAGCAGCUUUUCCCGCAGCAAAUCCAAAUCUGGUAGUUCGGCAGUAGUGACCGGAGUGGCUGGGAUCGGGAAAACAACAAUGGUGGAAAAGAUCGUUUCUGACUGGGCCACGGGCAAAAUAUACCAACAAUUUCAAUUUGUCUUCAGAUUCAAGUUCCGUGAUUUAAACACGAUUAAUUGUACAAUAAACCUGUGGAACCUUGUGAUAUUAUUUUAUCCUUACUUGGGGAAGGUUCUGGAAAGGUUGUGGAAGAUCCCAGAGCGGUUGCUGUUUACAUUCGAUGGUUUGGAUGAAUUCAAGGACAGAAUCGAUUUCGCUGACAGUCGGAGAGACACAGAACCUCAGCACAUGUGCACUGAUCCUGAAUUCCGGUGUAAGGUGUCUGAUAUUGUGUACAGUUUAAUCCAGCACAAGCUGCUCCCGGGGUGUUCAGUGCUGGUGACCACCCGCCCCACUGCGUUACAUUUAUUGGAAAAGGCGGAGAUCAGUGUCUGUGCUGAAAUCCUGGGAUUUGUUGGUGAGGAACGGAAGGAAUAUUUCAACAGGUUUUUUGAAGGUCAGGCGGUGGCAGCAGCUGUUUUCAAACACGUGGAGGAGAACGAGAUCCUGUACACCAUGAGUUACAACCCCUCCUACUGCUGUGUCCUCGGUCUGGCACUGGGACCCUUCUUCACACAAAGUCAAAGGGACCCGCAGCGAGUUCCCAAGACCAUCACCCAACUCUAUUCCUACUAUAUUUACAACAUCCUGAAAAACCACAGCCGUGAGAUUGAAAGCCCCCGUGAUGUGUUACUGAGGGUUGGUCAGAUGGCCUUCACAGGAGUUUCCGAGAGGAAGAUUGUGUUUACAGAUGGAGAUUUGAUCGAGUACAAUCUGCAACCUUCCCAGUUCCUGUCCGGGUUCCUGAUGGAACUUUUGGAGAGAGAGGAUUGUGCCCGGAGCGUGGUGUACACAUUCCCACACCUCACCAUUCAAGAGUUUGUCGCCGCACUCGCACAGUUCCUGACUCCAGAUCCCGGGGAUAUCCUGAAACUACUCACAGAUGCCCACAGUAAGGAAGAUGGGCGAUUUGAAAUAUUUCUCCGUUUUGUUGCCGGCCUUUCCUCCCCAGGGUCAGCUCGGGUGCUGGAGGAUUUUCUGGGUCCAUUUUCUCAUCAAACAACCUGCGGAGUGAUUGACUGGGUGAAGGAGGAGGUGAAACGUCAGAUUGGAAACACAGAGAGUGAAGAUGGUGAAUGGACCGAGAUGGAGGCUCAGAAAAGCAGGCUCCUCCACAUAUUGCACUACCUAUUUGAGUCUCAAAACCCUGGACUGGCUCAGGCGACACUGGGAUCUGUGGAAACACUUUCAUUCCGUACAUUACGGCUGACCCCGAUUGACUGCGCGGUCCUGUCUAACGUCAUUAGGCUCUGUGAGACAAUAAAACUUCUCGAUCUGUCUGGCUGCUACAUUCAAUCUGAAGGACUCGAGCGGCUGGGACCCGGGCUCCACAAGUGCCAGGGGUUGAGGCUGGAGGGGAUCAGUAUCACAGAUUCUGGUGCUGAGGAUCUCACCUCCGCUCUCAGUACAAACAGCUCACUGACGGAGCUCGACUUGGGUUAUAAUGAACUGGAAGAUUCGGGAGUGAAGCUGGUGUCUGCUGUUCUGAUGGACCUGGAGUGGAAAAUACAGAAACUGCAGCUGGGGAAUAACAGUCUCAUAGAUUCUGGUGCCGAGGAUCUCUCCUCCGUUCGCAGUACAAUCCGAUCUCUGACGGAGCUGGACAUGGGAUAUAAUGAACUGGGAGAUUCAGGAGUGAAACUGAUGUCUCAGGCUCUCAGGGACCCGGAGUGUAAAAUACAGAGCCUGUGGCUGGGGUCUGUUGGUCUCACAGAUUCUGGUAUCGAGGAUAUCAUCUCCGCUCUCAGCACAAACCGCUCUCUGACGGAACUGGACCUGAGUUAUAACUCGCUCACAGACAGAUCUAUCCCCGCUCUCCGCCACCUCAUCCUGACCCUCCCGAGUCUGGAGCAGAUUGAGCUGCGGGGGAAUGAAUUCAGUCGGACCGGGGAUAAGGAAUUGCGAUCUCUGCAGGAGCCCAGACCCGAACUGACAAUGAUCCUGUGAACACCUGAAUGAAGAAGCGUCACAGCCCGUGGGCUGCGAAUAAUUUUGGCCGAGUUCCCGCCCUCCCCUUUAAACGUCCGUACUCCGAGUUUGAACAGCAACGGUUCCCAGCUCGACUGAGGGCGGUGUGACGUCGGAUGGUCAUUCACAGCGCUGGGAAAUCUGAUCAGUAAUUUCCUGUACGGUUUAAUGUCUCCUGAAUGAUCCGAGUGAGAGACUCAGACCCACGUACCCACGGAGUAUUGUUACGAACCAGCAACAAAAGAAACACACUGAGUCAUGAUUCAGUGUUUAAAACUACUUUAUUAAUAUCUACUUAUGAUAAUAAGAAAAAUGAAAGUAAAAAUGUUAGAAUGUUAGAAGCAAAAAUGUUAAACCUUGAACAUUAACCCCAAAACUAAGUUCUUCGUGUGUGUGUGGCAAAGUCCCAAACUCCAAUUCCAGGAAUGGAGUUUGCUGAAGUUCAGUUCAGCGAGCCAUAAGGUGAAACAUGAGCAAAGGCUCCUUAAACAACGACCGUUGUCUGAAGAUAAGACGUAGAUGUAGAGAGAACAUGGAGAAUAAUUACGGAAUCCAAGUGUUCCACGAUGGAACCCAGACGACACUCCAGUGUUUACUCGGUAGUGACUUCCUCACCCCGAAAAGCAUCAGAAUCGUGGACAUCCACACAAAUACCUGUUUCCUUCUUCAGAUGAUUUUGGAGGGCUUGGAGAGAAUUUUGGGGACCCUGCCGACGACGUUUGGGCCACCCUCGGGUGUGCUAACUCUCUCCGCUCGGCUACAACCGGCAUUGCAGCGGACGACGGCUCCCGACCAACGGCUGCAGAAAGAGGGGCUUCAACGGGAGGCGGUCGGUGAGAUCGGAAGCCUGGUCUAGUCUGCCAUCUGCCAGUCAAACUAAUGGAACAUUUUUCCCUCUCGCAUCGUGCCCAGUGGUGCAGUGCAGUCGGGUGAUUCUGGAAAUCGACAGUCAGAGAUAUCCAGACAUCAGCAUUCACCUCAUUGCGGACAUUCUCCAUUGACUCCUCGAUCAACUGAGAAAUCUGGACUGUGCAAUAAGUUGUUAUAACAGAGUGGAAAAUUUAUUGGACGUGUCUGUACGCAACCGUUCCACUUUCCCUGUAAAAUAACCCCGCACCUCAAAGUAACCCAAGAACAAGAUUGGUGCUGAACUGAAUUUCUCCCCAAUGGGCACAAUGGACCCUCUGCCACAUGGAGUCUGUCUGCGGGUUGGUUUCACAGCUCAGAAGGGCUUUCCAUGCAUCACUCGUGGAAGGCCUGUAUGGAAGUUUGGGCAGGGCUCCCGCUCCUGCCGGGUGUGCGCGAACCGCCACGGGCUGACAGCGAAGUACGGCCUGAACAUGUGCCGCCAGUGCUUUCGGUAGUACGCCAAGGACAUCGGUUCGUCAAGUUGGACUAAAUUACGAAUGGAGCAGAACUGUAGUGAGAAAAGGAACUCUCCAUGGCAUGUUCAGCUGUGAUCAUCUGACAGAAGCAAACUUUUUGUAAUGUUCCAAUUUUGUAAAUAAAAUUGACUUGUCAUUAGUGCUGGAAAAAAAAAGUCCUGAAUGGAAUGUAACGUAGAUUAUUGACGGCGGAGCUCCGAGGAGUGUUUGUUCUCAGAGUCAAUAUGUCACAACACCGAUACAGAAGCUGGGAGACGUUUCCCCAUUUGGAAAGUAGCGUUGCCUUGUUAAUCAUUUCAUUUCUCACUGACGCGCAUCCUAAUGUGCUGUGGAACACAGAUCUCCUGGACCCGGGAAAGAACGGAGAAGUCCAACACCGUUCAAGAGAAAUUGCGACGGACGCAGGCGAUCUGAACAAGCUGGCCCCAGUUACAUUUCAUUCUUGACAAAGAAGUUCAAUCAGAGUCGAUAUUCAGCAACUCAGAGGGAGAAGCAGUUGUACAGAAAAUGGGUGAAUAAAGUGAGUCCCUGACGAAUUAGGAAUCGGUCUCGGAGGGGAGUUAGGGCCCUUAGCUGAAAAGGACUUGUUUUAGGAACUGCAAGAUGAUUGGUUCUCCCGAAGUACAGAGUGAGAUUGAGGAAGUGAUGUCCCCAUGCGAAUGUAACAUUCAUGUAUUGUAAAUAAAUGUAAAUAAGCUAA